AUGACGGCCUCCGGGAUGGGGACGACAGGGCUCCAGGGAUGGUGGCAUUGGGGAGGAUGUGGCAGGGACGGUGGCGUCGAGGAGGAGGCGGCGGGAGGCAUUUUGUUAACUAGCAUCUUAAACACGACUAAAACCACGUCACUCUAUAUGGCACCCACGGCAGCCAUCGCCGCCGCUACCACCCUCCCGAGGCUCCUAGCGCCGCCUAUGGACAUAAGGCGGCUGGAGCGCAACAUGGUUGUUCCCACGCCACCGGCGCCACCACCACUGCCGUUUGUCAGUGCAAAUAGGUACAUGGGCGCGAAGCAUAAGGCUGUGGUGGUGAUGGGCUCCACAGGGACAGGCAAGUCGCGCCUCGCCGUGGACCUCGCGCUCCAAUUCGGCGGCGAGGUGAUCAACUCCGACAAGAUUCAGAUGUACGCGGGCCUGGACGUGGCCACCAACAAGGUCACGGAGGAGGAAUGUGCCGGCGUGCCGCACCACCUGCUCGGGCUGGCGCACCCCGACGACGACUUCACGGCCGCGGACUUUCGGCGCGAGGCGUCCCGCGCCGCGGGAGCGAUCACCGCGCGCGGCCGGCUCCCCAUCAUCGCGGGCGGGUCGAAUUCGUACAUCGAGGAGCUCAUUGACGGUGACCAUCGCGCCUUCCGCGAGCGGUACGACUGCUGCUUCCUGUGGGUGGACGUGCAGCUCCCCGUGCUGCACGGCUACGUCGCCCGCCGCGUCGACGAGAUGUGCUCCCGCGGCCUCGUGGACGAGGUCGCGGCCGCCUUCGACCCGCGCCGCACCGACUACUCCCGCGGAAUCUGGCGCGCUAUCGGCGUGCCGGAACUCGACGCGUACCUCAGGACGUCGUCCCGCUCCGGCAACGACGAGGAAGAGCGCGCCCGAAUGCUGGCCGUCGCCAUCGAGGACAUCAAGUCGAACACCUGCUUGCUCUCGUGCCGGCAGCGCGCCAAGAUCCAGCGACUGGAGAAGCUGUGGCGCGUCCGCCGCGUGGACGCCACGGAGGUCUUCCGGAGGCGCGGCGAUGCCGCCGACGAAGUGUGGCAGCGGCUCGUCGCCACGCCGUGCAUCGACGCCGUGCGCUCGUUCCUGCACAACGACGACAUUGCAGCUGAUCAGACACCUGAAUUGCCCGUGUUCGCUGCCGCCGCGGCAGCUGCCGUCGUAGUGUAA